GGGCCUGGCGGGCGGCGGGGCCGGCUGCGCGGGGAGCGGCUGAAGCGGCGGAAGCGGCUGAAGCGGCCGGGCGCUGGCAGGGCGGCGGGUGCGGGCUGCCAGACCAUGCUGAGCGGAGCGUGCGGCCGGCUCGCCUCAGCACUGCGGGGGCCGCGCGGGCCGUCGUUCGCGGUCGCCCGCAGGCGCCUUCACGCGUCGGGGUCGCGGCGGCCCUCAGACAAGAGCGAGAGGACGGGAGGCCCGCCCCGCGCCUUCGACCCGGCGCUGCUCGAGUUCCUGGUGUGCCCGCUCUCCAAGAAGCCGCUCAGAUAUGAAGCAUCGACAAAUGAAUUGAUUAAUGAAGAGUUGGGAAUAGCCUAUCCAAUUAUUGAUGGGAUUCCUAAUAUGAUACCACAGGCAGCUAGGAUGACACAUCAGAAUAAGAAGCAAGAAGAAACGGAGCAGCACUAGAUCACAAUUAAAAGCAACGCCUACAACUGCAUUUUCUUAAUACUACUUAAUUUUUUAAAAGUCAGAGUGGCAGGUAAUAAGCGGGGGAGAAGAAUGUUUCUGUCUCUUCCUACGUUGACUGUCCUUAUUCCAUUGGUCUCUUUAGCAGGACUGUUCUACUCAGCUUCUGUGGAGGAAAACUUUCCACAGGGCUGCACUAGCACAACCAGCCUGUGCUUUUACAGUCUCCUCCUGCCAGUUACCAUACCAGUUUAUGUGUUCUUCCACCUUUGGACCUGGAUGGGUAUUAAACUCUUCAGGCAUAAUUAAUACAAACAGAGCCAAGAUGAUACACAUAUUAAUGAUAUGUCAUGUCUGUCUCUGAAAGCUCAGUGACAUGGAAAUACUGGAAACCCACUUAAUUUGCAGGAAAGGUGCUUUGCCUUGCUUCUCUCAGAGGUUUUGGACUAUGGGAGGCUUAAGCUGCAGAAAUUUCUUUUGUACUUUUGUUCUGCCCUUAUUUUUUGAAAAUUCUAACAUAUGACUGCUGUAUCAGAAGAAACAUUUCAGGAAAGUUUCCUAUUGGAAAUUAACAGUCCUGACCAUCAGCUGAUGACUUUAUUACCCCAUUCAUCUAAAGUUAAUAAUUAAAAAUUUUUAUGUUUAUUUUAGAUUCAAAGUAUCUGGUACUGAUAUGUUAAGGAUGACUGAAAUAACUCCAAAGGAGUUAUGCUGGAGUAGUUGUAGAGAAAUACAUUUGAGCUAGUGUACUAGAAAACUACAAUACAGUGGAAAUUUCAUGUACUUGCAAACAUUGACUUUGUAAAAUUACCUUCAUUUCUUUGGCAUCAAAGGCUUACAUUAAUAAUAAAAUGACAGCUUUCCAUUU